AUGGUCAACCAAGCGUCAUCUGGCAAUGGCGCGGCCGCCAAGAAGGCCUUCUCCAAGGUUGAUCUCGACGGGCACAACCUGCCUCCCUCGCCUGCCCCCUCGAGCCCUGCAAACGGCCGGCGCCGCUAUGCCCUCGCCACAGAACUCGUCUACACCGACAGCAAGGAUCAGUAUGGCGCGUCCAGCUUCCCCAUCUACCGUUCCGCCACCUUCAAGCAGUCGGCCGCCAAUCCCAACGGCGAGUACGACUACACCCGCUCCGGCAAUCCCACCCGGACGCACCUGGAGCGUCACUUGGCCAAGAUCAUGAAUGCCACCCGGACCCUUGCUGUAGGCUCUGGUAUGGGUGCUCUGGACGUCAUCACACGGCUGCUGCGGCCGGGCGACGAGGUCAUCACUGGUGACGACCUGUACGGAGGUACCAACCGGCUGCUCACGUACCUGUCCACCAACCAGGGCAUUAUCGUCCACCACGUGGACACGACCAACGUCGACAAGGUCAAAGAGGUUCUGUCGCCCAAGACGGCCAUGGUCCUGCUGGAGACGCCCACCAACCCUCUGAUCAAGAUCGUCGACAUCCCCGCGAUUACCAAGAUGACACACGAUUUCAACGGCAAGGCCCUGGUCGUGGCUGACAACACCAUGAUGUCCCCCAUGCUCUGCAACCCGCUGGAGCUCGGCGUGGAUAUCAGCUACGAGUCCGGCACCAAGUACCUGUCUGGUCACCACGACAUCAUGGCUGGCGUCAUCGCCUGCAACGACGCGUCCCUGGGAGACAAGAUGUACUUCAUGAUCAACUCGACCGGCUGCGGUCUGUCUCCUGACGACUCAUCCCUUCUGAUGAGAGGCAUCAAGACCCUCGCCAUCCGUAUGGAGAAGCAGCAGGCCAACGCACAGGCAAUCGCCGAAUUCCUCGAGACCCACGGCUUCCGGGUCCGGUACCCAGGCCUGAAGUCCCACCCCCAGUAUGACCUUCACUGGAGCAUGUCGCGCGGCGCUGGCGCCGUCUUGUCGUUCGAGACUGGUGACGUGACUGUCUCCGAGAGGAUUGUGGAGGCUGCCAGGCUGUGGGGGAUCAGUGUGAGCUUUGGCUGCGUGAACAGCCUCAUCAGCAUGCCGUGCCGCAUGAGCCACGCAAGCAUCGAUCCCAAGACCAGGGCAGAGAGGCAGAUGCCUGAGGAUAUAAUAAGGCUCUGUGUGGGUAUCGAGGAUGUCAGCGAUUUGAUUGACGAUCUUUCUAGAGCUCUUGUUCAAGCCGGAGCAGUGAAGAUCACAGUGGAUGGCUUCCAUGCUGCAGACACCACUGCGGGAGAGACAGCUGCAACGACUUCUUGA